GCUGUCGCGGGCGCCCGCCACGUUUAUAUGCCGCCGGCCGCCCGCAUGCCUAAUGAGAUGCAAAUGAGCAGCCCCCCAAUCUGGCGAGCGCUGUCACAAAGGAGCCACUUUUCCAAGCCCUGCGCUCAAAGGCUCGCCAAAUGGUCCUGCCCUUGUGUUCAGUGAUGGGUGUAAGAGGUUUGCAGGGAUUUGUGGGCAGUACGUGCCCACAUAUACGCACAGUGGUGAACUUGAGAGAGCUGGCAGAGCAGCACCAGAACAAGCACCCCAGAUGCCCUCCUACCAUUGUGGUAGAUGCCAUGUGUUGUCUCAGAUACUGGUACACGCCUGAGUCUUGGGUCUGUGGUGGCCAGUGGAGAGAGUACUUCACCGCUCUGCAGGAGUUUGUUAGGGUCUUUACAGCUGUUGGCAUCAAGCUCAUCUUCUUUUUUGAUGGCAUGGUAGAGCAAAAUAAGAGAGAGGAAUGGGUGAAGCGAAGACUCAAGAACAACAAGGAGAUCUCUCGAAUUUUCCACUACAUCCGGUCACACAGGCAGCAGCCAGGCAGAAAUAUGUUCUUCAUACCCUCAGGACUGGCCAUAUUCACACGCUUUGCUCUGAAAGCCCUGGGCCAGGAAACACUCUGUUCGCUUCAGGAGGCUGACUAUGAGGUGGCUUCCUAUGGCCUCCAGAACGACUGUCUGGGGAUCCUCGGGGAGGACACCGACUACCUGAUAUAUGACACCUGCCCCUACUUCUCCAUCAGCGAGCUCUCCUUGGACACGCUGGAGACAGUCAUGCUCUGCAGGGACAAGCUCUGUGAGACCUUGGCCCUUCGCCGAGCUGACCUUCCUCUCCUGGCCUGCCUGCUCGGCAACGACAUCGUCCCAGAAGGCCUGUUUGAGAGCUUUCGGUAUAGGUGCUUGUCGUCCUACACUUCGGUGAAAGGGAACUUUAACAAGAGGGGCAACAUCAUCUUAGCUGUGGCAGACCACAUAGCUAAAGUCCUUCAUCUGUACCAGGGUGAGAAAAAGCUAGAAGAGAUGUUGCCUUUGGGACCAAACAAAGCUCUUUUUUAUAAAGGACUGGCAUCGUAUCUCUUGCCAGGACAGGAAUCUCCCUGGGUUUUCCAAAAUCCUGAAGACGUAAUAACUUUGAACAAAGAGUACAUAGACCCUAAAUCCACCAUCCCAGAAGUUCUUGUAACUGCAGACCCUGAAUCCAGCAAGCAAGAAGUUGCCAUGUAUAUAGAUCCUGAAAGUGGUCAAGAAAUUCCCAUGUGUGCGGGCUCUGAGUCCAAGCAAGAAUGUUCCAUACCUGUGUAUCAUGAAUCCAAGCGAGCAUCACCUCGAGAGGCAGACCUUGAGUGUGAGCCGGAGGCUGAAAGGAAACAUGGAGAUCUCACGAAGUCACAGCCUGAAGUCAAGCGCCAAUCGACCAUGGGUUCAGACCCAGAAAUCUUAAUGGUGGCAAGAACACAGCACGUGCAGGCGGAGAGCUACCUGGUGUACAACAUCAUGACCAGCAGAGAGAUCGAAUGCAGCAACACCCUGGAAGAUGCCCUUGACCAGGCGCUGCCCAGCCAGGCCUUCAUAUAUCGCCCCGUGCGGCAGCGUGUGUACUCGCUCCUGUUGAGUCACAUCACAGAUGGUGCCGACUCCUUUCCUGCUGUGAAGGAGUGGUUUGUGUAUGCUGGAAACCCUCUACAGCACCCUGACUUUGUCAGGCCACUACAGAUGAACAUGCCAGGGGGAACACCUAAUUUGAAACUCUUGUGGCUCAACCGACAAGAGCCAGAAGUACAAGCCCAGCGCUUGGACACAUUGCUGGCUUGUUUCGACCUGUCCUCUGCCAGAGAAGAGCUGCAGGAGGUGGAAGGCCCCUUCAAAGCGUUUUGCUGCCUCUUGAUCUACCUCUUUGUGCAGGUGGACACCCUGUGCAUGGAGGAUCUGCACGCCUUCAUCGCCCAGGCCCUGUGUCUCCAAGGAAAGCCCACCGUGCAGCUUAUGGACCUCCAGCUGGAAUAUGUUGACUCCAGAGCAGUGCAGCUCGGCUCGCUUUUUGUCCGCGGCCUCACCACCCUGGUGCUGGUCAACAGUGCAUGUGGCUUUCCGUGGAACAUGAGUGAAUUCAUGCCCUGGAAUGUGUUUGAUGGGAAGCUUUUUCAUCAGAAGUACCUGCUAUCCGAGAAAGGGCACAGUGUGGAGGCUCUUGUGGAACAGAACAGGACGCAGCUCACCAGGUUCCAAGCUCUCAAGUCAGCUGUGUGCAAAGCCUGCGUGAAGGAGAACAGACGCAUCACCAGCAGGCAGGCCUGGCGCUCGCAUCAUACAGGGAGGUGGGAGCCAGAGAGCUCCAGUUCUCACAGGACGAGUUCUGGGCAUGGCCGGUCUGGCCACAGGCAGCACUGGAGAGACCAGGGAUCAGGAAGCAGAUCGUAUGAGCCUGACCAGUGGAGAAGGUACUAAUCAUCUGGAUGGUCCAACUGACUUGUGCCAAGGGGACAGCCAAUCACAGUCACCCAGAAUUGUUCUGAACUGUGGACAUUGAGUGUAAAGUCAGUACAUCUUGCCCUGUGGUAGAGAUGAUGUAAAGUGCACACUGCCUCACUUCUUACCCACGUGACUGACCAGGGUAACGGGUGUUUCGGCUUCAUCUGCUGCA